AAAACCCUAGGGCGUACAUCUCAUAUUACCAGAGCAGCUUUUCUUCUUCGCCACACUCAAUCUAAUCAGAGCAGAAUCGCGAGUUGUGAAGUGAAUUGAGAGGUAUUCAACAAUGGCGGCGACUGCCAAAACUGUCAAGGAUGUAUCUCCUCAUGACUUCGUCAAAUCCUACGCCGCCCAUCUCAAGCGCUCCGGCAAGAUGGAGCUUCCCGAGUGGACGGAUAUUGUGAAAACCGGAGUGCUCAAAGAACUUGCUCCAUAUGAUCCUGACUGGUACUACAUCAGGGCUGCUUCCAUGGCUAGGAAGAUAUACUUGAGGGGAGGUCUUGGUGUCGGUGCUUUCCGAAGAAUCUAUGGAGGAAGCAAGAGGAACGGAAGUCGUCCACCUCAUUUUGGCAAGAGCAGUGGCUCCGUCGCUCGUCACAUUCUUCAACAAUUGCAGAACAUGAACAUUGUUGAGCUCGAUACCAGUGGUGGAAGAAAAAUCACAUCGAGUGGCCAAAGGGACCUUGAUCAAGUUGCUGGAAGAAUUGCGGUGGUUGCACCAUAGAUUUAUUUUUAUUUAUUUUUUUGUUUAGCUUUUGUUUGGGAAUUUUCUCGGGAAAUAUUUGAAUGAUGUUUAGUUGAAAGUUUCAGCAUGUUUUGACUUUUAAAGUUUGGAUGUUUGAGUUUUACAGAAAUGUAUUUUGGAUUUACUGAAUUAUGAUUUUGAUGUGAUUUAUUUAGGCUGUUCCUCUGCUCGUUUUCGGU